CUAUAAAUAUAAUAGAAUAAAUAUAAAAUGGAGAAUUGUUAACCGCCUAUAUUGCACAUCCGCGAUUGUAAUGUUAUGGCAAUGUUACAUUUAAGUUUUCAUGACGACAAAGUCGUUAUGUUACGUAAAAACGAACCUUAAACGACAUUUAUAAGCGCGUGAACGUCCAAUCUGAGCCACUGGUUAUUCAUGUAGAAAAGAUGGUGGUGACGGCAGCUGCUGUACGUCAACAACUUACGAAUUUAGCGUAUUCCGGUGGCUCUCAUAAAGAUCAAGCGGAAAAGUAUCGAGCUAUUUUGGAUUCAAUACUAUCAUCAUCCGGCGAAGAAUUGGUUGAUGCUUUAAAGAUAUUCAUUGAAGCAAUUGUAAACGAAUAUGUAAGUUUGGUGAUCUCGAGACAAGUUUUAACAGACGUUAGUAAUCGCUUGUUACUUUUACCCGAUGAAAUAUCAAAGGCAGUUUCACAUUAUACGUUGGACAAAAUACAACCACGAGUAAUUUCUUUUGAGGAGCAAGUUGCUAGUAUAAGACAACAUUUAGCAGAUAUUUAUGAACGUAAUCAAAAUUGGAGAGAAGCAGCUAAUGUUUUAGUUGGAAUACCAUUAGAAACAGGACAAAAGCAAUAUACGGUUGAUUAUAAACUCGAAACAUACCUUAAAAUCGCACGAUUGUACUUAGAAGACGAUGAUCCAGUACAAGCUGAAGCAUUUAUUAAUAGAGCGUCUCUUUUACAAGCCGAAUCCAAAAAUGAACAGUUACAAAUUUACUACAAAGUUUGUUACGCUAGAGUAUUAGACUACAGAAGAAAGUUCAUAGAAGCAGCUCAAAGAUACAAUGAACUAUCAUAUAGAUCUAUUAUACACGAAGAUGAACGUAUGACUGCGCUUAGGAAUGCUUUAAUUUGUACAGUACUAGCUUCUGCAGGACAACAAAGAAGUCGUAUGUUGGCUACCUUGUUUAAAGAUGAACGUUGUCAACAACUUCCUGCUUAUUCGAUUCUUGAAAAAAUGUAUUUGGACCGUAUCAUUCGACGCUCCGAAUUACAAGAGUUUGAAGCCUUAUUACAACCUCACCAAAAAGCAUGUACAAUCGAUGGAUUGGGAUCAACUAUUCUCGACCGUGCCGUUAUAGAACAUAACUUAUUAUCUGCUAGUAAAUUAUACAAUAAUAUAACUUUCGAAGAGCUGGGUGCUUUGUUAGAAAUUCCGCCAACAAAAGCAGAAAAGAUUGCUAGCCAAAUGAUCACGGAAAGCCGGAUGAAUGGAUAUAUCGAUCAAAUCGACUCUAUUGUACAUUUUGAAACACGAGAAACUUUACCGACAUGGGACAAACAAAUACAGUCUCUUUGCUACCAAGUGAACCAAAUAAUAGAAAAAAUCGCUCAAACUGAACCGGAAUGGAUAGCGAAAGCGUUGGAGGAUCAAAUGGUGCAGUAAUGUAAACUUUUUUUAAAAUAUUAAAAUAAAACACUCAUUGGACGUUCGUUUGUUAAAUGCGCUAUUAAAUAUUUGGAGGCAAUAAGAAGAGAUCAUAAUCGCAAUUUGUCGAUGAAGCUCAUGUAUCGUGGGCAACAUAAUAUUU